AUGAAUAUCGUCAAAAACAGAAUUUCGUCGAGACAGAGUUCGCCUUUGCCAGGUGAUAAUGUGUCAAGGAUACCCAGCAAUGGCACAUUUGAUACUGCCGACCACGAUGGACUUUCGCCUGAGUUAGUACCCAUUGUUACCUUGUUGUCUUCACAGUCACAUAGAAGGUACCAUGAAGGUAUAUUCAUGUUGUACUACGACUUGAAUGGCGAUGGUAAGCCAGCAGAUCGUGAAUGGAAGGAGAUAUAUGGUAUUUUGACCGGUAACCAGCUUGCGUAUUGGGACGCUGCAAACUUGGCGCAGUUCAAGCAGAACCCCGAGGCACUACUGGAGUUUUCAGCAAAGCCAAACUAUUUGAACUUUACCGAUGCCAUAUACAACGCAAUGCGAAGUUUGCCAGCUGCCAAACAAAACUUGGAUAACGUCAUCAUUGUAUCUACAACAUUGAAGAACAGAUACAUAUUGCAGUUCAAGUCUUACAAAGACCUCACGUAUUGGUACGCUGCAUUAAGAUUGUCGAACUACGAGUAUAAAUCUCUACAGGAAGCAUACACUGGCGCAUUGCUUUCCGCACGAGGAUCAAGACUUUCGGAUAUUAGAACGAUUUUGGCGGAAAAAAGAUUCGACCACGAGGAUUGGGUUAGUUUACGAUACGGCAGUGGUAUGCCCUGGAAAAGGUGCUAUGCUGUUGUUGAGCCAUCGACAUUGAAAAGAAAACAAUUCACUGCAGGAAGAAUAUUGUUCUACGAAAAUGAACAGAAAAAGAAGAAGGGUCUUGUGGCAGUGAUAACAAACGCAACAGCGGUUACAGCAAUAUACCCACAGUCUCCCCAAUUGAUCGACCACUCUACUAUGCUCAAGAUGGAAGGUUAUAUCAAUUUCAUCUCGCCGUCCUUGUCUACAAAAAUCAGCAAGAAAAGUGCCGAAGAUUUUAGAGAAACUUCAGUGUUUCUUAUGCCUGAGCAACACUCUGCAGUACCAGGCUUUGAUACUUUGAUUCGUUUUCUUAUACCUCUAUUGGACUCGUUUGGACUCUAUGGCCGUCCGAAAAGAUUGAAAGCAAAUAGGAGCGAUAUCGAUUCGUUGUUAUUUGGCUUGCCCACUUUGCCCCGAGUGCAUUAUUUGGAGUUACAGGACGUGUUGGACUUGAUUGAAAAGAGCGAUUUCCUUCAAUGGAACCUAAAGGCAUGGAAUAGCAACAUCCAGUCAGUUUUGAAGGGCAAAAUUGAUCGUGGCUACGAGGGAUGUGGAAGUCAACGAGGCUAUACUGGUGCAGUCAACACUCUCAACAGCCCCGUUUUGUCCAGCUCUCCUAGAGUAGCGAGCGGACAAGCUGCUAGCCAGUUUCCUCCUGUCAAACAAGUGCCUUCGAAUUUGUCACAAACCAGUUUCCCUCUGGGCUCUAUGAAUAAUGAUCAAUAUUUGAAAGAUGGCGGAAAGGGGUUUGGUAAAAACUAUAAUGACCUCUCUGUAGGUACUAAUCGGGAUGGCGAAAGGUUGAGAAGCGGAGAGACGUUUGGUGCUGGUGGUGCUGGUGGUGCUGGUGGUGCUGGUGGUGCUGGUGGUGCUGGUGGUGCUGGUGGUGCUGGUGGUGCUGGUGGUGUUGGUGGUGUUGGUGGUGUUGGUGGUGUUGGUAGUGUUGGUGGUGCCGGACUAUUAGACCCACAACAGUCAAAGCAACAUCACAAAUCGAUUCAACUUGCAGAGAUUUACCAAAAAUAUUCUGAUUUAAAAACACCUUCUGACGAUUUUCAAGGAAGAAACGAAGUUUUGAAUGGAUCAGAAGAACAAUUGAUUGAAAGCGAGUUACCAAAGAGCAUGCGACAGAUGGAUUUGAAUGCGAAUGUGAACUCGAAUAAGAAUGCUUAUCCAACCAACGACGAUGGUUUAUUUAGUGAUGAUGAUGAUGAUGAUGACGAUGGCAGCGAUUACAACAAUGACGAUGUUUUGGCAAACUCAAGUGAUAACGCGAAGAACUCAAAUAGAUACUCAAAAACUACCGAUUCUUCGGCAAGUUUACAAGUUCCCGGAUUCCAGGAGCGGAAUAUCAGUUACUCGUCAGUUGUUUCACCCAUGGCCCAAUUUAAUGAUUUAAGAGAUCAAUACAAAAAUGUCGAACCAAAGCAGGUACCGUUUUAUGGUCUUGGGUCUGAGUCGCCAAAUCCACUGCCUUCUAAAGAUACCCAGUUUGGUGGUAGAAUUGGUGAAAUUGGAUCAACACUGUCCUUGAAGACACAGGAAAGCGAUACAAAUUCAUAUACAAACACCGAUCGCUCAGGAAUCGCAUCUACUGCAGCUGAUGGAAGGAAACCUUUGCAAAAUAACGCAGCAGCACCUUACCCGGUCAACAAGCCCAGAUACAUUUCCUCUCCAAACUCGUCCCAGAACAAUGUGGGACAAUUUUCUUCUAAUGUAUCCGAGCAAUCUAAAUUGGCACCUCCUAGAAAUGAGUUGCAAUACCCGGUUUCACCCAGUGCAAACCAGAAAAAUAAAACCAGUAAUGUUUUGCCUCAAACUGGCCAAAACAUGGGCUCAAGCAAUUAUAACCUGUCACGCCCAGCGAAUGCUCACCAACAACAAUUGUAUUCCCAAUCGCAACCAAAAUCUCACCCAUACUCUCAAUUGCAAUCACAACAGCAGCAACCACAGUCACAACCACAGUCACAACCACGACAGAUGCAAAUGCAAAUGCAAGGAAACACAAACUACCGCCCAUACCAUAGCUCGCUGCAGAAUUCAUUUCAACUGGGUCAAACUGCACCAAUUACGCAAACGAACUCACAAUACUCUCAACCAAUGUCCACUAGACCUGUGCAACAAGGUAUUGCUCCUGCUUCUGCUAGUAAUCAGUUUGCACUGCGGUCUGCACCAAAUCAAACUUUGAAUUCCUCGCGUAUUCCUCCACACGGGGCUCCAGCAGCAGCAUUAGCAACUUCAUCGGGCGUGACCCCGCAGCAAGGUCUGUCAAGUCACGGACGCGUACAGGGACAGGGAGGACAAAACUUUUCAAAUAUGCCUCCUUACCAACAGCAAAGGGCUAAUCAUCUGCAACAACGCAUGCAAAACCAAGGCUAUCAAAAUGGCGUUCCACAAGCUAGCAAUCACGGUCAGCACCACCUUCCAGCAGACCCAAAUCUUCGUGGUUACGAUGAUCCCAGGUUUAUAUAUUCGUACAAUGGAUCUACAGAGAACGUGUAUAGGAAGCCUCCGCUGCUGCAAAGUUCUUCAUCAGAACCUAGACACCCAUAUGCGCAAAACAGCGACCAAUUCAAUAACGGCAGCGUAAGGCGAUACUGA